AUGGAUACUGGAUUCCAUAUCCCGGUUCCAUUCGAGAGCCUAGAUUCCCAGCACUUAACAUUUGGGUAUACGAGGAUGGGGGACACUUUGACACCCAUUUUCCCUGUCGGAUUUCGCAGCGCUCUUGUCCCGGUGUGGUUGGAUUGGUUCACAGUGACAGGGCAACUGUGCCAGCCAUCUUCGCAGUUGAGCGUUACUGGCACAGAUGCGGCGGGAAGUCUGACGGCUGACGCGUACGACGAUGCCCCUGUCUACCAAUACUCUCCUCUAGAAACGCCAACCUCUAUCCGAACCUUCAUGCGCGUCGACCUCGCCGGUGCAGAGAUACCACCCUACGAGGCACUCUCGUAUACUUGGGGAGCCGCGGUUGAUGGGGAAGAAGAGGACACGGACGAAAAGCCUUGGCGGGUCCUAAUUUGCGAUUCCGCAUUCAACCUCACUGCUGAAGGCCUUGAGCAAGUUUUGCUCGUCAGCUCAUUGCCAAUCGGCAGCAAUGCGGCAUCAUACCUGAGAGCUGUAGUCUCCAGACACGAGAUGCGGGGAGUAACCCUAAAUAGAUAUCACCAAAGCUUAUAA